AUGGUCUACCGUGAACGCGACGAAGAGGAAGAGGACUACGGGCCUCCGCACCCGGAAGAUGGCGGUUACGACGUGGCCUGGCCCGCUGGCCCUGAUGAGCAUGAGGAAUUCUCUGCAGCAGUUGCCGAGACUGUCAAUGACAAAGGGUACUGCGUCAUCAGCAUGGAGCUCGCCGACGAGGCCGUGAAGGAGAUCGAAGGCAGCGUGGGGCCGAUGGAGUGGGGCAUUUUUCCGGCG